AUGAGAUUUGUCCGGUAAUAUUGUAUAUAAAUCCUACUUUAAUUUACGUAUUCAAAGAUUAUUAAGUUUUUUUAAGAAAAACAUUUCUCUAUAAGCCUUGAAAUGAACCCUUAUUACUCUUACUAUCCCAAUACCUAAUAAAACAGUAAGCAUCUACAUAGACUAAAUUAGACUAUUGGCAAUAUUACUAAUAUUGUUAAGCCCCUUAUUGGUACUAGAUGAACACCCAGUAAUAGCAAAAUAUGUCAUAUCAAGUUGGAUGUUAAGGCAUCUCACAAAUCGAUUUAAAUUAGUCCAAUAAUCUCCAUCCUAAUUAGAUGAAUGACAUACAAAAUUAUGUCGAUAUGUAAAGUUUAGAGAGAAUGAAGACUUAAAAUAAUAUUGAAAAAACUGAUUUCAAAGAGGAUUUAGAUUCAAAGAAAAAAGUAAAAAAAUAAAGAGGUAUGUAAAUUCUUCUAGUAUUUAGGUCACUGGUCUAAUGAAGAACAUUAUAAGUUCUUGUAAUUUGUUAGGCUGCAUAGCGAUCUCUUUAAAACAACUGUCCAUAAAAAAUUGAAUCGUGUAUUUAAAAUGAUGGCUGAAGAAAUUUAAACUAGAAAUGCUUGUUAAUGUAGAUCUCAUUUCUCAAAAUUUAAUCCAUUUAUUGAAACAGUAAGAAAAUUUAAUAUAUUCUUAGAGCAUCCUAAGAAGAAAAUUGUGUAAUGAUGAACAAGUUUAUGAAAAAAUGUUUGAAAAUAAAAACAAACUUGAUGUGUAAUGAUAU